AUGAAUGAAGAAAAUGAUAUUGCCAUUGUUGGUAUUGGUUGUAUGUUUCCUGGUGCUGAAAAUAUAGAGGAGUUCUGGAAUGUUCUGAAAAAUGGAGAGGACCAUGUUCAGGAAAUUCCGCCGGAAAGGUUUGAUGUGGACGCUUUCUUUGAUGCAAACCCUGAUCAUCCACACAAGACGUACGUGAGGAAAGCUGGUUUAAUAAAACGACACGAUGAAUGGGACAAUCGAUUCUUUGGUAUCAGUGACAAAGAGGCUGAACAAGUUGACCCUCAGCAGCAUUUUGUUCUGGAGUCAGUGCAUAUGGCAUUGGAAGAUGCCGGGAUUUCAAAAGAAAAAAUAGCGGGUUCGGAAACGGGAAUUUACAUAGGUGUUAUGAAUCACGACUGGGAUUGUGUCUUACGGUCAGCAAGACACGAAUCUACAAACACUACGGUGACGGGCACCGACUCCAGUAUUCUGUCAGCAAGAGUUGCAUACGUCUACAAUCUGCUGGGUCCUGCUAUAACAAUUAACACUGCAUGCUCUUCGUCUUUAGUAGCAUUUCACAUAGCUUCUCAGGCACUGAAAAAUGGAGAAAUAUCAAUGGCAAUUGCUGGUGGUGUCAGUUUCAUCCUUGACCCGUCAGUUUUUGUAACCUUAUCGUCAGCAAGAAUGGCAUCACCAACCGGAAAAUGUCACACAUUCUCAGAAAAAGCAGAUGGAUACGCAAGAGGAGAAGGAUGUGGCAUUGUUAUAAUGAAGCGGCUAUCAGAUGCUAAACGUGACUCAAACAAGAUUUGGGGUACAAUUUUUACGAGGCUAAAUCAAGAUGGCCACACAAACACACCGAUCACAUCUCCUUCUAGUGAACAACAAGAAAAGUUGUUGGAAUCUGUUUUCCAGAACUGUAAAUUACCGGCAAAUUGUGUGCAGUACAUAGAGGCUCAUGGUAUGUUUAAUUUUCGACUGUAA